GAAUAAACAAGACAGACACGUACCACUAUAAUGACAUACAGAGUUUAUAAAGAAAAACAUCAGGAGUAUAAAACAAAUAUCAAAAGAGAAAGAAAGUAAUACAACUAAAAUACAUUGUGAAGAUUUAUAACAUUUGCUAUGACAAAAGAAGAAGCAACAUCUCAAUUAACUCGAAGCAUAUUUCACACAAUUUAUGCGAAGUUUUCACGAGCCCGUGUAAAACUAUAUGGAUGGCGUCAUUUAGGAUGGUUGGUUUUGUUGGUUGCUGCACUGAAUGUUGUUUGCAUAGGGGGAAAAAGAAGGGCAUUCGGAAUAUUUGUUGCUGCUCUACACAAAGCUUAUAAUGACACGAGCAUGACGGAAUUGAAUUGGGUUGGUGACAGUUAUGCUGCAGUUGGGUUCUUUUUAAUGCCUUUCGCUACAACAGCAAUAAUUCGAUGGAAUCGACCAUAUAGAUGUACCAUGCUUCUAGCCGGUUUAUUGAUUUUUAUAAGUUGUAUGACAUCAGCAGUGGUGCCUAGUCCAGGGUAUCUAUUCCUGACUCAUACACUAAUACAUGGCCUUGGAUCUACACUUAUUUUAUGUGGGACAAGUCUUGUAACAGAAGAGUAUUUUGACAGAUCUCAUCGAUUUCAUGUUUUAGCAACUGCAUUUGUUUCCGGUGGACCUUAUGGUGUACUAAUAUUUGGUCCAUUGUAUUCAAACUUAAUACAAAGCUACGGUUGGCAAGUGGCAUUUCAACUAAGUGGAUUACUUUUCUUACUCGUGACAUCUUUAGCCGGGAUUGUUUUUAUUUCGCGUGAUAUAUUUGAAUAUAACCAAGCUAUUCUGGAGCUUUCUGAUUCUUUUGAAGAAAAUACCAUGAACAAAGCCUUAAGAAAGGAUCCUUUAUUGCUACGUAAUUCUCCGAAAGCCAGUGAUGGACGUGGAUGGGCUUUUUGCUCAGUUGAACAUUUGAAAAAUAAUCCGCAGGUGUUCGUCUGGGGAUUUGAACGCUUACUUCAUAAUCUCGUAAUAUAUGGUUUACUAAUGAACAUGACAGCUUAUGUAAGUCAGGCAUUAAAUGAUCAACUGGUAUUAGGUGCCCGAGUUAAUUUAUACUUUGGUAUAGGAGAAUCAAUCGUAUUUACACUUGGAGCUUUAAUCGGUGAUCGUAUACGAGGUUAUUUAGCAGUCGCCUACUUUAUUGGAGCACUAUUUGCAGCCCUAUUUCUGGUUAUUAUGCAAAAUACAUAUGAAGAUUUAAAUGUUGUUUAUGUACUGGCUGGAUUUACUGGUGCUACUGUUGGUGUAGGCAAUACAUUUCUAUAUGCUACUUCAGAAGAGAUAAUGAUGGUUCAUGGAUCGAUUGCAUUUCCUAUGACAAAAAUGAUUGCCGGUAUUGGUAUGCUGUUAGCACCAUUAUUCUCUGGUGCAAUUAUUGAUGGAUUUGGAUAUGGUGGAUUUUUUAUUAGUAUGGCAAUUUUAGUGUCAAUAAGGGCUAUUCUCUUAGGUCUCAUAUGUUAUAUAUUAAAUCUCAAGAAGAAAUUGAUUUUAGCUAGUGAAAAAGAACACAUAUCUACAAAUGAUAAUCAUUUUAAUCAUUGUUGUCAAAAUACUACUAAACAAUGCAAUGAAAAAUUAACAAAAAUUAAUAAUGUAGAAUCUGAAGUUACAAAUGGAUUAAAUUCAACAGGACAUGAUUUAGAGAAACGUAUUCAAACUUCUUCUGAAUGGUAUCAUGAAAAUGAUCGCAGAAUACCAUAAACUUAUUUAUAUAAUAAAAUUGUAUAAUUUAAACAUUACAUUGAAACUUAUUGUUGUUAACGAACCCCCCCCCCCAAAAAAAAGAAACAUAAUAAUUUUAUUUACAUUUGAUUGAAUGAAUUUGGAUUUCUACUGGAGAAAUUGUUCAAAAGCAUGCAAAACAAAAAUACUUGAAUAAAUGAACAUUAAUUGAAACCUUUCAGAGUAAGUAACGUUUAUUUAUAAUGAUGAUUCUAUGAUUAAAACAAAAAUCAUUUCAGGUGAUAUAAUCUUAUUACAUGAUUUUCUUCGAAAUACAAUAAAACGAAUCCCAUCAAAUUUAAAUUUAAUGCUUAUCGUUUAUUUAAUAACUAAAGAGUCUUUUUGUGAAUAAUUCACUCAAUAACUUCGUUAUCAGGCUAUAUACUUUUAGAUUCAUAAUUAUAUAAUAUAUAUUACAACUAGUGAACUUAUGGUUCAAUGAUUGUUUGAAUAAAUAUCUCAUAUAUAUAUAUACUUUGCAUUAUUCUUAACUCUCAUUUCAUUUGUUAUAAUCCAUAUGGAUUUCUUAUAUUAAUU